UCCAACUUUUUCUAAAUUACAAAUGUUCGCUAACUUUCUCCGGAAACCCAGAGUCGCCGCCAUCGCCGCCACCGCCGCCACCACUGCUGUGAAACCCUCCCUCUUUUCCACCCUCCAACACCCGCCAACAGAAAUCCGACCUCUCGAAAAAUCAGCUCUCCAAUCACUAGUCCUCUCCCACUAUCGCCACGGCAAAUUCCAGAGCCUCCUCCAAAACAUCGUCGCUUCACCCUCCCUCCUCCUCACCGCCUGCCACAACCUCCGAAAGCAUGCCCCCGACUCGCCGCCACCGCCGCUCACUCUCGACUCGGUGUCGACUCACUUCUUCUCCCUGCAAGAGCUCUCUUCUCAGCUCGCCAACAACUCGGUCGACGUCGAAUCGUGCUGCAUUUCCGUUUUCCCGAAAUCGCGGAAAGGUGAAGCCCUAGUCCUGCCCAAUCUGAAGCUCAAAGUGGUACUCGAAGCUAUUAGGAUUGUACUAGAAGUCAUUUACGAUGAUAGGUUCGUCACAUUUUGUUAUGGCGGCCGCGCGAACAUGGGCCGCCACACCGCAAUUAGGUAUUUGAAGAACUCAGUUGAGAACCCUAAUUGGUGGUUUAGUGUCAAAUUCGAUGAUCAAUUGUUUCAAUCUAGGCAUGUUGGUAAUCUAUGCUUGAUGCUAGGGCAGAAAAUUGAUGAUUGCGAUUUUCUUGAUUUGAUUAGAAGGUUGUUCGGAUGCAGAGUAGUUUCUGUCAAUUUGGGUGGAGUUUGUUUAGGUAGAGGGCUGCCUCAAGAAUGUGCAUUGAGUUCAAUUUUGAUUAAUGUCUACCUCAAUGGAUUUGAUAAGGAAAUUCAAGAACUACGCCUGAAAACGAAUAAGGAGAAUCCUAGGUUCAAUGAAAACGAGCUUGCUGGCUCUUUCUCGGUUUUUCAUAAGCCGUUGAAGGUUCAUGCUGUCCGGUAUUUGGAUGAGAUAUUGAUCAUCACAUCUGGUUCUAAGAUGAUGACAAUGGAUUUGAAGAAGAAGGUUGUAAGGUUUCUAGAUGAGGAGUUGGAUUUGAAGGUGGAUGGACAGAUAACUGUUAUUCACAGCGCGGUUUCUGAGAAGAUUGAUUUCAUGGGGAUGGAACUUCAGGCCGUUGCGCCUUCAGUUCUCCGGCCAAGAAAGACACAGAAGGCAAUAAGGGCGCAUAAGAAGCAUCUCAGGCAGAAGCAAGUCAGGCUUAUGGAGUUGAAAAGUGCGAAAGAGAGGAAUAGGAAGAAGUUGGGGAUGAAGUUAUUGAGUCACGUGUUUAAGAAGUCGAAGCAAAGCAAUGGAUUCAAGUUUGAUUUCCAGAUAGAGGAUGAAGUGAGGCAGAUCUUCAGCACUUGGGCUGAUGAAGUCGUCCAGGAGUAUUCGGCAUCUGUGGACGAGAGAUGGGAGUGGCAUCGGAUGCUAUCAGCCGGUGAUUUCCUCUCCUUGAGAAGGAUUAGGGAUCAGCUGCCACACGAGCUAGUUGAUGCGUACGACAACUUCCAACUGCAAGUGGACAAUUAUCUAAAGCCGGUGAAAGCCAAGAGGGAAUUGGAGGAUGAAGUGACAAGGCAAGAGGAAGAAGAGGAAGAGAAGUAUGCUCAAAGAACAGUCGAGGAUUUGACAAGGCGGUGCAUCAAAGUCGAGGCUCCCAUUGAACUUUUAAAGAAGGCAGUCAAGAUGGUCGGAUUCACAAACCAAAUGGGCCGUCCGAGGCCUCUCAGUUUGCUCAUGGUUCUUGAAGAUAUCAACAUUAUCAAGUGGUACGCUGGGGUGGGAAGAAGAUGGCUGGAUUUCUACAGCUGCUGUCACAACUUCAAGAAAGUUAAGAUUAUCGUAAGUUAUCAUCUUAGAUUCUCUUGCAUCCUAACAUUAGCAGAGAAGCACGAAGCCACCAAACGUGCAGCUAUGAGCCAUUUCACCAAGGAUUUGAAAGUCUCCGGUGCUGAUGGAACUGAACAAGUGUACUUCCCUUCAGAAAGGGAGAUCACAGUUAUGAGAGAGAGAAAUCUCUCCGAUCCCAAGCCUGUAGAUGGCGCUCUGACAAUGGCAUUGAUCAGCUUGGCCUCGGAUGAGCCCCAUCACCGAUGCACUGCUCAUUUCUGCGGCAAUGCAGACACGACGUGUUACAGGAUUCAUCUACUGCAGAACCAUCUUGACGUGAACCCGUUAGAUGAUAAAUCCUGGGUUCGUGGAAUGGGCGCGAUCCACGACAGUCUACAGAGGAAAUGUGCCCCUCUUUGUCGUCACCAUAUUAGUGAAUUAUACAUGGGAAGAUUGACUCUGCAAGAUCUUGAUUGCACUGCUUUUGUAGAUGUCGACUGAUUGUAUGUAUAUGGUGUAUUGUUUCA